AUGCCGGUGCUGUCUGAGGACUCCGGUUUGCAUGAAACCCUGGCACUACUGACCUCUCAGCUGAGACCUGACUCUAACCACAAGGAAGAGAUGGGCUUUCUGAGGGAUGUUUUUAGUGAAAAAAGCCUCAGUUAUUUAAUGAAGAUUCACGAGAAGCUUCGCUAUUACGAGAGGCAAAGUCCAACCCCUGUCCUGCACAGCGCUGUGGCCCUCGCCGAGGAUCCAUCUGUGGCCUUCUCUCUCCUUCCCCUGCAGGUGAUGGAGGAGCUGCAGGCUGCCUCCGUGCACAGCGACGAGAGGGAGCUGCUCCAGCUGCUGUCCACCCCCCACCUCAGGGCCAUGCUCAUGGUACACGACACAGUCGCCCAGAAGAAUUUUGACCCCGUUCUUCCCCCUCUGCCCGAUAAUAUUGACGAGGAUUUUGAUGAAGAAUCAGUGAAGAUUGUCCGCCUGGUGAAAAACAAGGAACCCUUGGGGGCCACCAUCCGGCGAGAUGAGCACUCAGGGGCUGUCGUGGUGGCCAGGAUCAUGCGAGGGGGCGCAGCAGACCGGAGCGGCCUGGUCCACGUUGGAGACGAGCUCCGGGAAGUGAACGGGAUCACAGUCCUGCACAAGCGGCCCGACGAGAUUAGCCAGAUUCUGGCGCAGUCCCAGGGAUCCAUCACCCUGAAAAUCAUCCCAGCCACCCAGGAGGAAGACCGCCUAAAGGACAGCAAGGUGUUCAUGCGGGCCCUCUUCCACUACAACCCUCGGGAAGACCGGGCCAUUCCCUGCCAGGAGGCAGGCCUGCCCUUCCAGCGCAGGCAGGUCCUGGAGGUGGUGAGUCAGGAUGACCCCACGUGGUGGCAGGCCAAGCGAGUGGGGGACACCAACCUUCGAGCUGGCCUCAUCCCUUCCAAGCAGUUCCAGGAAAGGCGACUGAACUACCGGAGAGCCACAGGCACCCUGCCGAGUCCCCAGAGCCUCAAGAAGCCCCCCUAUGAUGAGCCCUGUGACAAAGAGACCUGUGACUGUGAGGGGUAUUUCAAAGGACACUACGUGGCUGGUCUUCGGAGGAGCUUCCGGCUGGGCCGCAGAGAGAGACUGGGAAGCCCACAGGAAGGAAAGACGUCUGCAGUAGCUGAGUCUUCAGAGCUGCCGACUUAUGAGGAGGUGACCAGGUACCAGCACCAGCCUGGCGAGCGGCCCCGCCUGGUGGUUCUGAUUGGGUCUCUGGGAGCCCGACUACACGAGCUGAAGCAGAAGGUGGUGGCAGAGAACCCUCAGCACUUCGGUGUUGCCAUUCCACAUACCACCAGGCCCCGGAAGAGCCAUGAGAAGGAAGGAGUAGAGUAUCACUUUGUCUCUAGGCAAACAUUUGAGGCCGACUUGCAUCACAACAAGUUCCUGGAGCAUGGUGAAUAUAAGGAAAACCUCUACGGAACCAGCCUGGAAGCCAUUCGGGUUGUGAUGGCCAAAAACAAAGUUUGUUUGGUGGACGUGGAGCCAGAUGCACUGCAACAACUGAGGACCUCAGAGUUUAAACCCUAUGUUAUAUUUGUAAAACCUGCAGUUCAGGAAAAAAGGAAGACGCCACCCAUGUCUCCAGCUUGUGAGGACUCAGCAGCCCCACUUGAUGAGGAGCAGCAAGAGAUGGCCGCCUCUGCCUCCUUCAUAGACCAGCAUUACGGGCACCUGGUGGAUGCUGUACUGGUAAAGGAGGACCUCCAGAGUGCGUACAGCCAGCUCAGAGCACUCUUAGAGAGGCUGAGCAAGGACACUCACUGGGUACCUAUUAGUUGGGUCAGGUAA